CAACAGGUGCGUAAACCUGCCUGCUUCCGGUCUACGCGCGGAGCUCGAGCUGUGUCGCGCUUCUCCGCCUUCAUCGCAACUCUCACACGAGCUCCGACCAGGACUGCAUGAUCAAGCACCAAUGGCAUCAUCCAGUCUUCCCCGACGACGCAACAGCAUCGAUAUACCUCCUGACAUAGCUGAUGUUUUUCGACUCAGAGAUGAAUUUAUUAAACUCUAUGAGAGAGAUCAACCCCAGCUCCAGCAGUGCAUAGAGAAACUACAAAAUAUCAUCAAAACAUUUGAAACAGAUUUCAGAGGUUCUACUGAAGGAUCUAGAAAAGCAGGAGUGGCGGGGAUCAUUGGAGGGGCUGCCAUAGUUGCAGGAUUAGCUUUAGCUCCAUGUACUCUGGGAGCUUCUGCUGUUAUUGCUGCUGCUGCUACUGGUGUUGCAGGAGCAGGAGCAGCGACUCUCGCAGGCGCUGGAAUUACAAGUAAGAUCUGCGGCUCUAACAAAAAGGAGCAGAUGAAAGCAUUAAGAAAAGGCAUUGAAGAUAAACUGAAGGAAUUUCAGGUUAAAAUCAACCCUAUGGCUGAAAAGAUUGAAGACAUUCACGAGCGUACUGAGAAAAUAUUGAGACACUUUAAAAAACUAGAGCAAGGUGCAAAUGACUUGAGUAAAUAUUUUGACAGCAGUAACAUACAGCCAGAAGACCUUGCUGGACUGACAGUGCAGAUGAUGCAAAGUAUGGGUUUGCUUGCAACAAUAGCAAAGAUUUUUGGUGGGUUCAGCCUUGUGCUUGACAUGAUCUCAGUUGGUGAAAAUAGCAGCGCGGUGGCUGACAUGGACAAACUAGCACAAAAACCCAUAGAUGAAGAAGUAGAUGAAAGUAAGAUCAAGUCAAAAGCUGGGAAAUUCAUUGUUGAUAUCAGGAAAUUAAUGAAUCAGUUACAGGAUAUCAUUGAUGGACUUGAGACAACAAAACACAAACUGUCAGAAUUUUAGGAUAAAACCUGACCAAACAAUGAACAACUGAGACACAAGCUGGUAGUUGACCCUGACAGAGAGCAGAUGGACUCCACCAACAUCUCAUUAUAUUGAAUGAUCUGAACAAUCCCGCUGGUCUACAGUAUAUCAUGCUAACAGCAAAAGUUUAAAACGUAACCGUAUAUAAUUUAGCAGGAUUUUUGCUGAAGUUAACUGAUAUUUGUGACAUACAGAAAUCCAAAUAUACAUUUUCAUUGCUUUGCUCUCCAGAAUUAAAUGAAUUAUUAGUUAUUUUUUAUACAUGUACAAUAUUUUUCACGUUUCUCAAAAUGUAUGUAUUCCAAAUAUAACAUCUUUUAAAAUGCACAAACACAAAUGCAUUCAAUUACACCAUAUUAAGUAAAAAAGGGCUUUUUCAACUUUUCCUUGGCUUUUUAAUAUUUUGUACAGUUUUGUUGCCAGGCUACAAUCUUUGUAAAACGACUAAAGAAGGUAAGCUAACAUUAAAUGUAAGCAUAUUAAUGCGUUUCUAUUAUAUGAGUUAGUAGACUGCAUGUCAUGUGACGGAUAACAUACAUUUGACUUUUACAUAAUAACCAGUAUAAUUGUGUUUGAAUUGUUUAUGUGUUGCUUUUAAUACACUGUGUACAAUAGGACAAGAUGUAAAAAAAAAAAAACAUGUCGCUGUAAAAUUGUAAAUACAACCAUCAACCAUUAAAACAUAUUACUACUACAAGGUUUGAUAUUUUUAAUAA